AUGACCCCCUCUGAGUACCCAGAAUUCCACAUGGAUGGCUAUUACCAACUGUUCCCAGAUUUGGGGGUUUUCUUGGUUCACUUCAUGGGCUUCAAAUGUUUCACAGCCAAUGGUGCAGAUUAUAGGGGAACGCAGAACUGGACAGCACUACAAGGCGGGAAGCCAUGUCUGUUCUGGAACGAGACUUUCCAGCAUCCAUACAACACUCUGAAAUACCCCAAUGGGGAGGGGGGCCUGGGCGAGCAUAACUAUUGCAGAAACCCAGAUGGAGAUGUGAGUCCCUGGUGCUAUGUGGCAGAGCAUGAGGAUGGUGUCUACUGGAAGUACUGCGAGAUACCUGCUUGCCAGAUGCCUGGAAACCUAGGCUGCUACAAGGAUCAUGGAAACCCACCUCCUCUAACUGGCACCAGUAAAACGUCUAACAAACUCACCAUACAAACCUGUAUCAGUUUCUGUCGGAGUCAGAGGUUCAAGUUUGCUGGGAUGGAGUCAGGUUAUGCUUGCUUCUGUGGAAACAAUCCUGAUUAUUGGAAGUACGGGGAAGCAGCCAGUACCGAGUGCAACAGCGUCUGCUUUGGAGAUCACACCCAACCCUGUGGUGGUGACGGCAGGAUCAUCCUCUUUGAUACUCUCAUCGGUGCCUGUGGCGGGAACUACUCAGCCAUGACUUCUGUGGUCUAUUCCCCCGACUUCCCCGAUACCUAUGCCACGGGGAGGGUCUGCUACUGGACCAUCCGGGUUCCCGGGGCCUCCCGCAUCCACUUCAGCUUCCCCCUGUUUGACAUCAGGGACUCGGCAGACAUGGUAGAGCUUCUGGACGGCUAUACCCACCAUGUCCUGGCCCGCUUCCAUGGGAGGAGCCACCCACCUCUGUCCUUCAAUGUCUCUCUGGACUUUGUCAUCUUGUAUUUCUUCUCUGAUCGUGUCAAUCAGGCCCAGGGAUUCGCUGUCUUAUAUCAAGCCAUCAAGGAAGAACCGCCACAAGAGAGACCCACUAUCAACCAGACGCUGGCCGAGGUGAUCACGGAGCAGGCCAACCUCAGCAUCAGUGCUGCCCGGUCCUCCAAAGUCCUCUAUGUCAUCACCACCAGCCCCAGUCACCCACCUCAGACUGUCCCAGGAUGGACAGUAUAUGGCCUGGCAACUCUCCUCAUCCUCACAGUCACAGCCAUUGUAGCAAAGAUACUUCUACACAUCACAUUCAAAGCCCAUCGUGUGCCUGCUUCGGGGGACUUUAGGGAUUGUCGUCAACCAGGGGCUUCGGGAGAAAUCUGGAGCAUUUUUUAUAAACCUUCUACUUCAAUUUCCAUCUUUAAGAAGAAACUCAAGGGUCAGAGUCAACAAGAUGACCGUAAUCCCCUUGUGAGUGACUAAAAACUCCACCAUGCCUAGGAUACAAGGUCCCUCUUCAGGCUCAAGGCUGCUGGGUCGACCUCUCCUGUGGUUCUCCUCUGACCUCUCCUGCCUCUCCCUCUGCCUCAGCCUUUUCGGGGAAUGCCCUCCUACAGACUGGGAGAGGGUGCCAUGCUGCAGGGGCAGGCAUAGCCUGGAUCCCUCCUGCUUCAUCAGCUGCACUUAGGAGAGAGACUCAAGGCCCUGGAGCCCAGCCCUCUCUGCAUCUCUCCCUCUAAUCUAGCAAUGGGGGUGCCAGGACAGUGGGGCUGAGAUGGCAGAGAUGAUCAUGGCUGGCACUGGGCUCAGGUGCAUUCUAGAUGACUGUUGGGUGGUGGGUAGGUUUAGUGUACAUUGAGUCUUUCUUAUUUGUUCUCUAUUUUGUUCACACACAGAUCAGUUGCUCCUGGUCUUUAUUGUUAGGAACAGGGCCAAACAGGGAGAAUUCUCAGGUUAUCUUGAGGGUUGGCCUGGUCCCAUACAAGUGUGGGCUCCUGGGUAUUAGCAAAGCGUGGAGAGAGUUGGCACUCUGUGCUGACCCUGGAGCUUUGCUCUCUGAGUGCUGGACUAGGAUAGCCCUCCUCCGGACUGGGAGGGCUUGAGAAGUAACCCUCACUUAUGUCAAACCUGACACCUUCUACCACAGGCUUCUUUCUCGAUUCUUCUUUUCUAUAGCUCAAUGACCUGCAGAGGAAACUUGAGGAGUGGUCACAUAAAACAUCCAUUCAUUUAUUCAUACAACAAAUUCUACUGAAAGAUUUGAUA